UAAUGUUUUGGCUCCUAUGACCCUUCUUCAGAACAGUUUUAUAGGUUUCUAUGGGCCUUUUAUCUAAAGCCUCAAGAACUGUAAAGUCUGCUUUGACUGAGCUUGUCUUAAUCUUUUCUGACAUUAAAGACUUCCAGUAUCAGUUUAGAAACUGUGUUGAUCUAAUUUUUAACUCAGUGCUGUAUCCCUUCAAUUGUUGUAAUUGUUUCCUUUUGCAGGAAGGAAUGUUCUAAGAUGCUGAAGCUGAGAAUCUUGAACACAAUAGCUCCCUCAUACUUUCUCGGAGUUUCCAUCACCACAAUGAUCCUUCAGAGUUUCAUCUUUAUUCCCACUAUCUUUGCUGAUGACUUCAGACGGCCAUGGUCUUACUAUGGCUGCCACUUCAUUUUCUUUCUCUACAUCUCAGCAAAUGUUUUGGGAAACUACUUCUUGAUCCUGUGGUAUCCAUCUGAGAGCCUUCAAUCCACCAGCAGCCUCGAUGGGAGCGAAGCCUUGCAACCCGGCAGCCACUUCUGUAAGUUGUGCAGCAAAGUUAUCCUGCGGAGGGACCAUCAUUGCUUCUUCACUGCAAACUGCAUUGGGAACAGAAACAUGCGUUACUUCUUGAUGUUUGGCUGGUACACCUCAAUCGUCUGUCUCUAUUCCUUGGUGGUGGGUGUAGCAUACCUGAGCGUGGAAUAUCAUCUCUCCUUCGAGAAUCCCCUCACCUUCCUCACUCUCCUGCCCCUCUCCUUCUUCCACUUCUUUUUCAGUAUGAUCCCAUCGUUUCAGCUAUUCCUCGUGUUAAUGUUGUACAUCUGGCUGGGAAUUGGACUCACCUGUGCUGGGUUCUGCUGCCAACAGAUCCUCCUGGUGGCUCGAGGUCGUACUUGGUACCAUCUGAAGAAAGGGAUGCCUGCAGUACGCUGCACUCCUUGGGGUGUUAAUCUUCAGGAUGUCUUUGGGAAACGUUGGUUGUUGGGAUUUUUCUUCCCAAUUCCAACAGUUCCCGUGGACUCAAAGGACAAGUAAAAUUUAACUCCCUUACCAUUCUCCAUGAUUCCCAAACCCACUGGCCUGAUUCCCCUCAAUAAUCCCCAUGCUUCCCAAAUUCACUUCCCUUACCCCCUCAGCAUUCCCCAUGUUUCCCAACUAAUCUCUCUGAUUCUCUCAGCAUUCCCAAUGCUUCCCAAAUCCAAUUCCCUGACUCUCUCAACAUUCCCAAUGCUUUCCAAACCCACUGUAUUCUACUUUCAGGCUAUCUUGCACAAAGAAUGAGAUACAAUCCUUUUGUCCAAAAUACCCUGAACUUCAACAAAACUGAUUGUUGAUGCAGGGUGCAUAGCAAAUCGCUCCAUCCUUACAGAUUUCAUUCUCCUGUUGUAUUACAUCUAUUUUUGAAUGUAUGUUGAUUUACCUCUUGAAAACAGUCACAACAUUGUUAACAAGCUGGUACAAAUGGUGUGAUACUGAGCAUUGCUGUAUUCCAAUCAGAGGGAUGUACCUAGUAUGAGAGCUGUGUUUCAGCAAGGUCACAGUGUAUAAGAUUACUACACAAAUAUCCCAAGGGCUGUUGUAAAUGAGAAUGCUUGAAAUGGUUGUAAGUGCAGGUGAAGAUGUAGCCAAGCGCCAUGCUGUACUUGCUAUGACAGGACAGGACAGGUUUCAGCUAGACCUGUUGGGUGAGAUGGACUGGGGUUGGGAGUCGGCUAUACAGAGUCACUUGGUAGAUUUGAUAUUUUGUCUGCAGCUAACAGUUGGAUUCUAAUCUAUAUAUCAAGACUAUCAAAGAAUGUCAAAGUGUAGAUGGAAACACACUAAUCUCAGUAGUGGGGGUAUCCAGAGCAGCUAGACUAUUAAGAUAGCACUGCUUCACACAAAGGAGAGCGUAAAUCUGGAACUCACUUUUCCAAAGAACUGUUGAAAUUCAAUUAGAACUUGCAACACCAAGAUUGAUAGUAUUUUGUUAAAUAUGAAUAUGAAAGUGUUAAUGGAGUUACAUACAAAUAAACACAAUUGACAGGAUAUUAGUCAGCUGUUUAAGCUAUCAUGUCUGUGUCUGUCAAAAAGGGCAGGUUAGUUGUUGGGAACAUGUGAGAGUAACUCACCUUCUCUCUCCCCAAAGCCUGUCCACAUUCUAAAAGGCACAAGUCAGGAGUGGGAUGGAAU